AUGCAGGUGAUACCCGCGUGCAACUCGGCAGCAAUAAGAUCACUAUGUCCUACUCCCGAGUCUUUGAGAAACAUGGGAUGGCUCUCUGUCAGCGAUGCGGUCUACAGCGAGUUCAUAGGAGAGUUGGCUACCCGCGCUUCCAAUCGAAAUUACUCCAACGAGUUCGGCCUCAUGCAACCUAUCCAGGAAUUCAAGGCUUUCAUUGAAAGCGACCCGGUGGUGCACCAAGAAUUUAUUGACAUGUUCGAGGGCAUUCAGGACUCUCCAAGGAAUUAUCAGGAACUAUGUAAUAUGUUCAACGAUAUCUUUCGCAAAGCUCCCGUCUACGGAGACCUUGGCCCUCCCGUUUAUAUGAUUAUGGCCAAAUUAAUGAACACCCGAGCGGGCUUCUCUGCAUUCACGAGACAAAGGUUGAACCUUCACUUCAAAAAACUUUUCGAUACCUGGGGAUUGUUCCUGUCUUCGAAAGAUUCUCGAAAUGUUCUUGUGGCCGACCAGUUCGACGACAGACAUUGCGGCUGGUUGAACGAGCGGGCCUUGUCUGCUAUGGUUAAACAUUACAAUGGACGCGCAUUUGAUGAAGUCUUCCUCUGCGAUAAAAAUGCCCCAUACUACGGCUUCAACUCUUACGACGACUUCUUUAAUCGCAGAUUUCGAAACCGAGAUAUCGACCGACCUGUCGUCGGUGGAGUUAACAACACCACCCUCAUUUCUGCUGCUUGCGAAUCACUUUCCUACAACGUCUCUUAUGACGUCCAGUCUCUCGACACUUUAGUUUUCAAAGGAGAGACUUAUUCGCUUAAGCAUUUGCUGAAUAAUGACCCUUUCACCCCACAAUUCGAGCAUGGGAGUAUUCUACAAGGAUUCUUGAACGUCACCGCUUACCACCGAUGGCACGCACCCGUCAAUGGGACAAUCGUCAAAAUCAUCAACGUUCCAGGUACCUACUUUGCGCAAGCCCCGAGCACGAUUGGCGACCCUAUCCCGGAUAACGAUUACGACCCACCUCCUUACCUUAAGUCUCUUGUCUACUUCUCUAAUAUUGCCGCAAGGCAAAUUAUGUUUAUUGAAGCCGACAACAAGGAAAUUGGCCUCAUUUUCCUUGUGUUCAUCGGCAUGACCGAAAUCUCGACAUGUGAAGCCACGGUGUCCGAAGGUCAACACGUCAAUCGUGGCGAUGACUUGGGAAUGUUCCAUUUCGGUGGUUCUUCGUUCGCGCUUGGUCUGAGGAAGGAUUGCAGGGCAGAGAUCGUUGAAAAGUUCACCGAACCCGGAACAGUGAUCAGAAUCAACGAAGUCGUCGCUGCUCUAAAGGCUUAG